CGCACGCGGGGCGCUCACGUUGGCUUUUAUCAUGGACACCGUACAUACUCGUUUCAGAGAGAAAAUAGGCGAAGUAUUAUUACCUGGCGAUCUGUUUUCAUGCAGUUUGCCUGAAUCUGAAGACGGUAGUGUCAAAAGCGAGAAAACUAUAUGUGGUCCUGGGCUUCGGAGAAAUGGCGAUGAAGUUCACGUGUUUAAAAGUGGAAUUCUGCGCCAUAAACAUCCAAACCUGUACUGGAUAGACUCUCAACAGAGACGGUAUGUACCAGCCAAGGGUGAAAGUGUCAUUGGUAUUGUGACAGCAAAAUCUGGUGAUACCUUCAAAGUGGAUGUUGGAGGAAGUGAGCAGGCAUCUCUCUCAUAUCUGGCAUUUGAGGGAGCUACAAAGAGAAACAGACCUAAUGUGCAGGUGGGGGAUCUGGUGUACGGCCAGUUCGCAAUUGCAAACAAAGAUAUGGAGCCCGAGCUGGUGUGUAUUGACAGCUGUGGCAGAGCCAAUGGAAUGGGAGUGUUUGGAGCCGAUGGGCUGCUUUUUAAAGUGUCAUUGGGUCUGGUGCGCAGACUUCUGACUCCUCACAGUGAAAUCGUGAAGGACCUAGAAAAGAUUUUCCCCUUUGAGUUGGUUGUUGGAUUGAAUGGAAGAGUUUGGGUGAAAGCAAAGACUGUUCAGCAGACAUUGAUAGUGGCCAAUCUUCUGGAGACCUGCGAGAACAUGACCUCACAACAGAGACAGACACUUUUCAAGAAAGUGUCCGAAGGUUCCUUAUAGUGGAUACAUCAAAUACCAACCAGUGCAACUUUGAAGUGAUAUAAGCACAUCAUUAACUGUGUAUGGACAUUCCUUCUUUAGUAGCCCUAUUUUUUAUCUGAAUAAGAGACUUGGAAUCGAUGCGUGGGCUGUUGCAGAAGAGAAGAUUCACCUUUUCCUGUGAAUAUAUUUGUCGUUUCAUUUGUAACAACACAUGUUUGUAUUCCUGAAAAGUAAAUUGUAUUCUUCUGGAUUGUU